UUUGGAUCAAACACUGAACACAAGCAGCACAGUUUUAAACGGGCAUUUGAGCCAACAUGGCGGACAAAACUCACCAGUUUCUGUAAAUGGUGUGUUGAUAAAGCGCAGGAUAGACGAGUCUUAUCAGUAGUGGGAAGAAGUAUUCAAGAGAACCAAAGAAUGGUGCGAGUGGUAUUUCUCCAUCCAGACCUGGGCAUCGGUGGAGCAGAGAGACUGGUGGUGGAUGCAGCUGUGGCUUUGAAAUCUCGAGGAUGUAGUGUUCAAAUAUGGACUGCUCACUAUGACCCCACUCACUGCUUCUCUGAGACUCUUGACCCAGACCUGCCUGUGAUCUGUGUUGGUGACUGGCUACCUACGAGUUUGUGUGGUUAUCUGCAUGCUCUUUGUGCAUACCUAAGAAUGAUCUAUGUAGCCUUAUAUUUGGUCUUCUUCAGCGGACUGGAGUAUGAUGUUGUCUUCUGUGAUCAGGUGUCUGUAUGUAUCCCAGUGUUGAGGCUUUCCCGUCACAGGAAAAAGGUUCUGUUCUAUUGUCACUUCCCAGACCAGCUACUGACACAAAGGAAGACCGCUCUGAAGAAAAUGUAUCGUGCUCCUAUUGACUGGCUGGAGGAACGGACGACUGGUAUGGCUGACAUGAUCCUGGUAAACAGUCAGUUCACUGCAGGCGUGUUCAGAGACACGUUCAGGAGUCUGAGUGGAGUCCAGACAGAUGUGCUAUACCCCUCCCUGAACACCAGCACCUUUGACCGGCCCAGCUCACAGGAGUGUGGCCUGGGGGGACUACUUCCUGAAGGCACCUCCUGCAUGUUCCUCUCUCUGAACAGAUAUGAGCGUAAGAAGAACCUGGGCCUGGCUCUGGAGGCUCUGGCUGCUCUGAGGAGCAGACUGCCCAGAGAGCAGGCAGCCAGCGUCCACCUGGUGGUGGCAGGAGGCUAUGACGACCGUGUCACAGAGAACGUGCUGCAUUACAAUGAGCUAAAGGACCUGGCAGAGCAGAUCCACUUGGAGGGCUGUGUCACCUUCCUGCGCUCCCCCUCGGACUCCCUGAAGGUGGCACUGCUGCGGGCCAGCGCUGCUGUGUUGUACACCCCGAGCAGAGAACAUUUUGGGAUUGUUCCAGUGGAGGCCAUGUACUGCUGCUGCCCUGUUAUCGCAGUGAACUCUGGGGGUCCCCUAGAGAGCGUGGCUGAUGGGGUGACAGGCUUCCUGUGUGAGCCCACAGCAGAGGCCUUCUCUGCAGCUAUGGAGCGGCUUGUCAAAGACCCCCACCUCCGCAAAGACAUGGGACAGGCCGGAAGGACCAGGGUGCAAGACAAGUUCUCUCUGGAGGCCUUCUCAGACCAGCUGCACGGAUACAUCCUCAGACUGAGCCAAUAACAUCUGCUCUAUUUAUACAGACAACUGAAAACCACACAAUGUGAAGGAGAAAGCAUCUGGAUAUUGUAUAAACUGAACAAUGUUUCAUCAAAUAUUAAAAUGGUCCCUUCUCAUAUAUACAUCUUGAAUGAAUUCAUGUGGAUGAAAAAUCUGUAGAGAAAUUGGACCUGAGAAAUUGAACUACUAUCCAGUUCUUGUCUGAUUGAAUAAUGCAAAUGGACUGGCACAGAAAUAACAUCCACAGUUAUUUAACAUUAAGGUCCACAGGGCUUAGUAUUGGAUCUGUCUUGGUCAUUGUCUGCUGUAUCUUGUCAUUGGUUACACAUAGUUACUCAGAGUCAAACUGUGCCCAGAAGCCUUCACUAUUAACAUAUAUGAUGUUAAUAUUCCCUAAAUGUAGAUGCAUAUGUGUGUGCGUGCAGAAAAUGUAUGGAGCCCUGUGUGUCUGUGGGGAGGGGAAAUGUGAGGACUUCUCACGCAAUUAAUCAGCAUUCCCCUGGAGGGGUUGCUGCGAGGCUAAAAAGGAUGGAAUCUCUCUACCAAUUAAGAAAAGAGUAACGAGUUUAAAAAAUACCACCCCUGCAAGUGUGUCCACGAGGCUGCUGCAGAAAGAUCCAGACAAAUGAGCCAAAAGGAUUGAUUGUGAGCGUAAAAUGUUGUGCUCCGAGUAUGUUUUCUUCUCUGCAGUGCUAUUUGUCUGUGUCUGGGACUGAGCAGGAAUGUAGUUAGCACCCCAUAGCGUCACAGGCCACCAUCCCAAAUCGAUAAACUGGAUGCUUCCUGUUUAGACGCUAGGAAUUGGGGCUUUGUUGGUGAUGUGGAGCUCUGGCCCGGCCAUGACUCCUGUGGCUGAAUGGACGUUAUUAGCCGAUGAUGGAGAGAGUUUGUUCUAUUAGAGGCCUGCUGAUGGCCAGUGCAGUGUCUGGGUCAUUAUGAAACAGAAGAAUAGCAUAAGGUCAUUGUGUCUGUGUACUAGUCUCCUCAGCACUGCUACUGUAUAGAAACACUCAUAUUGACAUUCCUGAAGUCCUAAUAAACAAGAGAACACAUACUUUCCUAACUUUGCUUUGUUGAUGACGCUUUUGGCAUUUAUUAAAGUUUGUAGCAGAUUUUGUAAACAUUGAUAAUGCCUUGCUGUGCUUUUUCUACUCAUUUAAGAAGUUUGCUGAGGGAUAAAUGAAACAGAAGCAGGAUGUAAACUUUUUAUCUUAUUUUAUUUUGCUGA